CUGUAUCUGCCGCUUGUCCUCAUUGUAGUUUUCAAUUGUUUUGCUAUUUAUAUGAUAAACCAAUAAAUUCACGUUAAAAAUAAUAUAUUCAAUAUUACAUUAAAGUGUUAGUACAAAAAGUGUCACAUAUACAUUAGAAAAAAUAUAGACAUGGUGAAACUUACGCCGGAGCUUGUUAAUCAGUCAAUGCAAUAUAUAAAUCCAUGCCGGGAGCGAGAACUGGAUUUGCGCGGUUACAAAAUUCCACAGAUUGAAAAUUUAGGAGCCACAUUAGAUCAAUUUGAUACGAUAGAUCUUUCCGACAAUGAUUUGCGUAAAUUGGAUGGCAUACCGUUCUUGCCGCGUCUGAAAUGCCUGCUACUCAAUAACAAUCGUAUCCUGCGUAUUGGUGAUGGCUUACACGAAGCAGUACCCAAUUUAAGUUCAAUUAUCUUAACUGGAAAUAAUCUACAAGAAUUAAGUGAUCUGGAACCACUUGCUUUGUUACCUCGUCUUGAAACACUUUGCUUACUUGUAAAUCCUGUUUCAACAAAACCCUAUUACCGCGAGUACAUGGCUUUCAAGUUUCCUCAAUUGCGUUUACUAGAUUUUAGGAAAAUCAAACGGAAGGACCGUAUUGAAGCUCAAGAAUAUUUCCGAACAAAACAAGGUAAAGAUAUGCUGAAGGAAGUGGCAAAGAAAUCGAAAUUAAAUGCCUCAGCCGCAGCUGCUGAAGCCGGUGGUAAAUCUGGAGUAAAUGUAGCAGCAAGAACUGCCAAUCCUGAAGACUUGCAACGUAUAAGAGAUGCGAUAAAGCGCGCAAACUCACUACAAGAGGUGGAACGGCUAUCUCGUAUACUUCAAAGUGGACAACUGCCCGAAAACUUUGAACUGGAAUUGACUCAAAACGGUGCGACGCUAAAUGGUAAUGCGAUUGGCGGUAGUAGUAGUGUUGAAACUAUGGAUUAUUAAGUUAAGCCUUGCUUAUAGUUGAUUUAAAAUGAAUUUUUCUUUACAAUUUUAUGAAGAU